GGUAACAGGCGAGACUUGGGCGUCCCGGGGAUUCCCCGGCACGUGGAGGCUGUGCUGGGCUUUGCUUCUUGCCCGGGGAUUUUCUCCUUUUGCAGCCGCUUCAUUUGGAAGCCGUGCAGAGGCGGGCAGGGAUGGAAGGCCCCUCGCUCCCUGGAUCCGCUUUCGGAAUCACGGAGAUGGACCCAAUCGAAGACUUUGACCUGGGGCCCAUGCCAAGCUCCCCCCUGAGCCAGGACACCUUCCAAACGCUGUGGAGCAGCAUCAUGGACGGAAAGGUGGAACCGUCCCUCUUGGAUCCGAACCCACCGUGUCCCAUGUCCUUUGAGGAAGGGACCAGCCCGCAGGUGGCAGAAGCGGACUACAACACCCUCGAACCCAUUUCAUCGGCGUUUGUCUCAGCACCCAUCAUUCCCUCCACCGAAGACUACGUUGGUGACCACGGCUUCGAGCUGGCCUUCGAGCAGUCGGGCACCGCCAAGUCCGUCACCUGCACCUAUUCGCCUAAAUUGAACAAGCUUUUCUGCCAGCUGGCCAAGACCUGCCCCGUCCACAUCAAAGUUUCCAACUUGCCCCCGUUCGGCGCUGUCAUCCGCGCCAUGGCCGUCUACAAGAAGUCCGAACACGUGGCCGAAGUGGUGAAACGGUGCCCCCACCACGAGCGCAACCAGGAUUACAACGACAGUGAGUUCAUGGAAUCCCAGUCUGGGAAGGUGGCACCCAAAGACCAUCCCGUCCAACUCUCUUCUCUCAGGCCAGUGGUUCUCAACCUGUGGGUCCCUAGGUGUUUUGACCUACAACUCCCAGAAAUCCCAGCCGGUUUA